CUUUGCGACCCGAACGCUUCUCAGCCGUCAAUUCGCCACUUAAAAUGCUCGUGGAGAGGGAGGAAACAAGCAGAACGGAAGGGAGGGGCGAGUAAGGAUGGUGGCGUCCGUGUCGGCUUGGGCGAAACCGAGCGCCUGGGCGUUGGACGUCGAGGAACACGAGAGCGCCAUGGCCGUGGCCAAAGAUAGGGACGAUGACGUCUUCUCCUCCGUGGCCUCUCAACAACAGGACUUCCCCUCCCUCGCCGCUGCCGCCUCCAGUACCUCCAAGAAGAAGAAGAAGAAGGCGCAGGCCCUUACCCUUGCCGAGUUCACCACCGGCAAGCCCGUCUCCCACGGCGCCGGUGACCGCCCCCUCUCGUCCUCCUCCAAGGGCCUCACGCGGGACGAGCUCCUCCUCCUCCCCACCGGCCCCCGAGAGCGCUCUGCCGAGGAGCUCGAGCGCUCCUCCUCCCGCGGCUUUGGCUACUCCUCCUACGGCGGAGCCCGCGGCCGGGCCUCCGUCUCCGGAGAGGACUCCGGCCCUACCCGCUGGGGCUCGUCUAGGGAUUCCGACGAUCCGAGGACGGAUGGCUUCGGCGGAGCAGGCGGUGGAUCCAACCGUGAUCUGUUACCGUCUCGCGCCGACGAGAUCGACGACUGGGGCGCAGCGAAGAAGUCCGUGGCCUUGGAAAGAAGGGAGAGGGGAGGUGGAGGGAGCUUCUUUGACUCACAGUCGAGGGCGGACGAAUCGGAUACAUGGAUAUCGAGCAAGAGCACCGCGCCGCCGGCUGAGGGGCGGAGGAUCGGUGGGGGCGGCGGCGGUUUCGAGAUGUUCAAAAGGGAAGGAUCCAACAGCGGCGGAGCCGAUUCGGAAACAUGGGGGAGGAAGAAGGAUUUCGGAGAUUCCGACAUUUGGAGGAGGGAGGACGAGAUAGGCAGCGGCGGAAGGCGUCGGCUUGUGCUGCAGCCGCGCUCUUUGCCGUUGAGCAAUGGGGAACAAGUCCAAGGCAAGCAGGACGAGGGAUCUACGAUGGAGAAGAAGAGCAGGGGUUCAAACCCGUUCGGACAGGCUCGGCCACGCGAAGAAGUAUUGGCAGAUAAGGGGCAGGACUGGAAGCAGAUUGACGAGAAGCUGGAGGUCUCUAAGAUCCAGGAUGUGCAGCUCGAAAGGUCUUUUGACAAGAGGGGAUUUGGGGUGGCCAAUGGAGCUGGAAGAUCGCCGGAGAACCGCACAAAUGGUGCUUGGAGGAGGCCAGAUACUGCUCAGGCUUCUCCGAGGAUUGACAAGGUUGAGAACACAGCACUGGAAAACUGAAAUUUAUAUGGGUAAUGGCCUCAGGAUUAAAGAUUCAUCGAGUGACAUUGGUUGCUGGAAAUUUUCACAAGACCGCAGUUUUGGUGGAUAAAUUAGUAUAUUACUUGUUUGUAAUGAAUUGAGCAUUGUGCAUCCUUUGAGUUUACGGGUCGUCGCUGCAAUAUUUCUUGUGUUAUCCGUGCACUCUAGAAAUUAUGUUUCGUAUUAGUCUGUUGUAUUACUUGACAUGCUCUGAUAAUGUGAGCUCUUGCUGUUUGAUUUUGAA